UUGAAAUCUAAAUUUAGUUCUCGCUUGCGAACGCUCGAGGGAUGAGUUUUGUUUUGGUGGUUGAGGACUCGAAACAGUUUGCCAUUUAGUUCAGUUUAGUCACGAUACAAAUGCAGCCGACGACGCACACUCCCUAACGCACUCUGUAGACUCAGUAGCCGAACGAGAAGAAAAACUUCCACCUUCAAUAACCAAAUUUGUUCCCCGAUAUAUUUAUUGCUCCUCGUGCAGUUCUUGGAAUAUAAUUACCUCAUACUUCGGAUUCACCGUCUCAGCUGGAAAAAGAAACCAGCCUCAUACUAAUUUAGGCACGAAGAAGAGAUUACAAUGACAGGUCAUUUUUACUACGAUCGACCCAUCAGUCACCGAGGAUACUUGAGUUCUUAUGACAGUUCUUACGGUUGCACGGAUACUUCUUUGUCGCCUUACACGUCAUCACUUCGGAGCAUCUACAUGCCAACGACUUAUUGGAGCACGUAUCAUCCGUCUAUUUAUUCUUCGUACCCACGCGUCUCAAUCUAUUCAGUGACGCCAACUCCUCGGAUACUGACGUAUCACACGGCCAUACCCAGGACCGCACAUCGGCGUUGGUGGAAUUUGAAUGCGUCACCGACUGCUUCAACCCGUGAGCGACUGUUAAGAUACUCGGCUCUCUAUGACGACGAAGACGAUCUAGAGCGCAUCAUGACUCAGGGGCAAAAAUACAAUGCGGUUUCAUCCUUGAAGGAUACCUUCUCCAACACUAUACAAGACAUCGAAGACGAUAUACGAAAUUGGCGCUAUGCGGCUUCGUCAGUCCUUAACCGCUUGACUCCCGUUAAGGCGUCCAACGUGAAGUUGACCCGUUACAACCCGUCUCGCUAUUUGAGUGACAGUAGUGACUUCAAGAGAGACGGGCCUAAGUUCCGACCAUCUUCUUUGAGGUCUUACGAAUACUCAAAGUUCCAAGCACCCAUCUAUGACGCGGGCCGCUCUCUAUACGUGUCUAGUCGUUCGAGGAAUUGGGAUUCGCUAAAGGAUCAAGGUAGUUUGGCGAGCAUCACUUAUCCAGGAAAUUAUCAUCAGUCGAAGUUCAGAGUUCCAAAAUGCUCCGAGGACGACAGCAAAAUCAAACGCGGAAUUUCUAUUUUAUCUCACUACAUACUGCCGCGUAACAAUAUGGAUUAAAUCAGAACUAAACUAUGAAAACUGUAUUGAAGAGAGCGUGACAACUGACAAGUCCCAAACAUAAUAAUUUCUUCUCGCUAAAUAAGAACACUAAUUUUCAAAUGAAGGUAUAACUUAACGCUAUACAUUGUUCUACAUCUUAUAUAGGGUAACGCCGAUGCUCAAAUGUUAAUCUUGGCUAAAAAUAAUAGCUCUUGUUAGCAGCUGAGAAUCGGAAUGCCCAAUUAUUUA